UUAUACCUCCUCCUGUGAUAGUUGCGGCGGGCUUCCAUGAGCGAGCUGUAGCUGCCGCUCUGAUUUGGCUCCGAGACAACAUGGUGACGCCUUCCGAGGCUUCCAGGCACCGAGGCAGCGGCUUAGAGGAGAUCUGGAAGAGGGAGCUGGGCCCGUCUCUGCCUCGAUUCUUCGCUCGCCGAGUCGGUGGUUCUGAGGCACUUGUAAAGCGAAUGGUUUCAUAUGGGAACUUGUGUGGCCAUAAGGGUUGUGUAAAUACUAUACAUUUUAACCCUGCUGGUGACCUUCUUGUCUCUGGUUCUGACGACAAAGGCAUUAUAUUAUGGAAUUGGGAAUCCAAAUAUAAAAAGUUCACUUAUGCUUCUGGUCACAUGGAUAAUGUUUUCCAGGCCCUAAUUAUGCCAUUCACUGAGGACCGCACCAUAAUAACUUCUGCAGCUGAUGGUCAGGUAAGGGUCGGCCAGAUUGCAGACAAUGGUAUAGUCACAACCAAACAGCUGGGUACACAUCGUGGUCGUGUACACAAACUUGCCAUUGAGCCUGGAAGUCCUCACAUAUUUUACAGCUGUGGCGAGGAUGGUUUAAUACAACAUUUUGAUCUGCGAAGCCAUGCCCCUACCAAACUUUUCUUGUGCUCUUCAUUCUCAGACAACAAACAACCUGUAAGACUGAAUACCAUUGUCAUAGACCCCUGCAACCCUUACUAUUUUUCAGUAGGAGGCUUUGAUGAAUAUGCACGAGUUUAUGACAUAAGAAACUAUCAGUGGGAUGCAUCAAGUAGUUCUGACCAACCUGUGAAUACUUACUGUCCUCGUCAUCUUAUUGGCUCUGAUAAUGUCCAUAUCACCGGACUUGCAUAUUCUUACAUGAGUGAGUUGCUAGUCUCGUACAAUGAUGAGCUUAUUUACCUGUUUGAGAGAGACAUGGGUCUUGGUCCAAAUCCACGGUCUGCUCCGGCUGCAAACUUGGACAAGAUUGAUCAGCCACAGGUGUAUGCUGGCCACAGGAAUUCACAAACUGUUAAGGGGGUCAGUUUCUUUGGACCCAGUGAUGAGUAUGUUGUCAGUGGAUCAGAUUGUGGUCAUGUUUACAUAUGGAAGAAAAAACAUGGCGACCUGGUGUGGAUGAUGGCUGGUGAUAAGCACAUUGUGAACUGUGUUGAGCCCCAUCCUUUUUUCCCUUUUCUUGCUUCUAGUGGAUAUGAUAAGAAUGUAAAGCUGUGGACUCCAGGCUGGCCACCCUCUCCGCUCCCAAGGAAUGUAGAAGAGAUUAUGGCAGCUAAUAAGCGAGGAAGAGAGGCUCGUGCACGAGUUUCACUCUCUCCUGAUGUUAUAAUGCAUGUUUUGAGGUUGCAGAGAAGGCAAGCUUUAGCUUACAUCGAGCACAGACCCUCAACUGCAGACCUCGAGAGCGAUGAAGAUGAUGACAGAGAGGCUUUCAUCCUGGGAUUCGCAGAUCCUGAGACUGCUGAAGAGGGUUCAAAUGCUGAUCCCAGAGAGUGCAUAAUCUGCUAAAUGCAUUUCAUCAUAUGAUCAUGCUUUUAUUAUUAGCAAGGAAUAUCAUAGAUGAUAAAAAUAAAGGACCUCCUGCACCUGCUCGAGUCCACGUCUAGCAUGUGGUGUAAACUAUAGACAACUUACUGAUGAGCAGCUUGGGGAUUCUGGGUAUGAGUUUGUGUUCCUGUUGCCGGUAUAAACAUAUAAGCAUCCUCAAUGUUCGUGUCUAAACUAUGGUGCUUGGAUGAUGGUUUUAUGUUUUUAUUCGUCAGAGAAGCAAAUUCUCCUAAAAUUUGUUGUUAUGGUCAGGUUUAUAUAUGUUACUGUGAAACAUAUGAUGCUUUGAGCAACCGCUUACAUUUGCUUGGAUGGAUACACACAUUGCCUACACUUUU